CUAAGAGACAUACUGAUUUUAUGUACAUAGAUACAAAUCUAAUGGCAUUUUUUCAUCCCAGUGGAUGAGGGAGAAGCCACAGAGAGGUGAAAGAUAAUUAGAAACACAUGAUUCUGCACUAUAGCUUCUUCAGGAGUAAAUUGGAAUGUGGUUUAUUCUGUACUUUCUGUACCAUUUAUCUAGGGACCUUGUUGGUAAACAAAUACUUUCAGCAAUCUGCUAUUAUAAAGCAGCUGCUUCUGUUUUCAGUAAUUCUCCUGAAUCAGUAGUGUGCAAUUGUAGGGCUAUUUGCUAAGCAUUUUUUGCAAAUAAUUUAUUUAGUUUACAGUAAAAAAGCAUAUAUAAGCAUGCAUUUAGAGCUGAUAAAACACAAUUCAAAAUGAAUUUGUGUGCAUGUAUAUGUGAUUAGGAUAUAUAAUUUUAAUCAUGCAGUUUCAUUACCCCUAUUUGACUGAAAUAUUUUUAAAUGUGCAGAGCAUUUCAAUGUACUAAAUUUAUGUUUCAUUUAACUGGUUAAAUGAGCUGUUCCUCCUAUUUUUUCCUUCUGCUUCAUCCCUUCACAUUUGAACCAUAAGUCUUUUUAGUGUAAUAACUUAUAAAAGUGACAAUUUUAGUUAGCUGUCUUUUCCCACAAUGAUGCAACACAACCUGGCACUCGCUGUUGUAACUGCAGUCCUGUUCAACAAGGUAACCUGUGCGCAGUGGCUGAAACCAAGAAAGCUUCCACUCUACAAGUACAGGAAAGAGGGAAAUCUGGUCAUCGGAGGACAAUUUAUGCUUCACGUUGGGGCAUAUCCUCGUGAUUCAUUUGAAUAUGUUGAAGGGAACUGUAUUGGCUGUUCCAUUACUUGCGCAGAAUUCACAUCACAACACCUGUAAAUGAAGAGAUAUUUUUUAAUGAAGAGGGUUUUGUAUCCAUUCCAUAUUCUAUUAUGAACUGGUUUGUCACUGCAGACGGAAAAGUAUCAUUUCCGGUAGUUGGAACAUAUGAUACCAGACAGCCUGCUGAUACAAGGUUUUAUAUCAAUCAUCAAAAAAUCAUGUGGAAUGACUUCAGCAAACAGCCUCCCAGGUCUGUCUGCAGUGAUAGCUGUGUCCCAGGUUUCAGAAAGGCUUUUCGAAGUGGGCAACCUGCUUGCUGCUAUGACUGCAUCCCAUGUGCAGAGGGUAAAAUUGCUAACGAAAGUGAUUCGAUAGAUUGUCUAACAUGUCCACUUGAAGAAUGGUCAAAUGAAAGAAAAGACAAGUGUAUACCACGAAAUUUAGAAUUCCUGUCCUAUGACGAUUCCUUGGGUGCUGCUUUGACCUUUAUUGGAAUUAUCUGUGCAUUUCUGACAAGUGUCAUCAUUACUAUAUUUGCCAUGUUUCAUGACUCUCCAGUUGUCAAGGCCAACAAUCAGAACAUCAGUUAUUUACUGCUUACAGGGCUUGUGUUCUGUUUUUUGUGCACCUUAAUGUUUAUUGGGACUCCUAAUGCAGUUACAUGCAGGCUUCGCCAAGUGCUAUUUGGUAUAGCCUUUGUUUUUUCUUUGUCUUGUGUAUUAGCUAAGACCAUUGUGGUGGUUGUAGCCUUCAAUGCUACAAAACCAAACAGCAAACUGAGAUCAUGGGUGGGACCCCAGGUGUCCUACACCAUAGUGUUAUUAUGUACUUUUGUCCAAGUUGUUAUCUGUAUGACUUGGGCUGUUUACUUGUCUCCUUUUCUAGAAAGAAAUUACAAGGUCCGUUCAGGACUGAUAAUUAUUGAAUGCAAUGAAGGUUCCAUUGUUGCAUUUUGGAGCAUGAUGGGAUAUAUGGGAUUACUAGCCUGUGUCUGCUUUAUUGUAGCUUUCCUGUCUCGAAACUUGCCAAGUAGUUUUAAUGAAGCUAAGUUCAUUACCUUCAGUAUGCUAGCAUUUGUUAGUGUCUGGCUGGCCUUUAUCCCAGCAUACCUCACUGCAAAGGGCAAAUAUGUGGUAGCAGUAGAGGUAUUUGGUAUUAUUGUUUCUAGUUCAGGCUUGCUUGGAUGCAUAUUUUUCCCAAAGUGUUAUAUAAUCCUACUGAGACCUGAUAUUAACACAAAGGAAUAUUUAUUGGGAAAGGAUCACAGUGUAACUAGAAAAUAACAAAGAAUGUUUGAAAGUGUGAUUUACUGCACACAUGCGUCACAAAGGCAUUCAGUCCUCAAAGUACUGUUCAUGAAAUGUGACAGAUUUGUUUCUUCAGUGAUACUGUGGUGUGAUUAAACU